AGUAUCGUGAAGAGGAAAAUGGGAAAAAAUGCAAAUGGCGGUCGUUGUUAUUGUUCGCUGGUAACAAACGAGCUCGAUUUUCGGUAAAUGGUUCGAUUUUCGUUGCAGUAAACGGCCGGAAAAUAGCGUGCGAUGUUAGUUUCGAGUCCCGCGAGCGUUUUUAUGUUGUUGGUUGUGUGAAAUUGGAUUGGUAAAGUGGAUUUUUGGUUGAAAAAAAAGUGUGUCACCCUCGACGGCUCCUCGGCGGAGCGAAAAGGUUCAAAUGGAAUGGCGGCCGAUAGCGACGGUGAUCAAACGAGCAUCAACGCCAAUAACAGCAGCACCCUAAAGGCGGUUGUCAUUUGCGAGGGAAACCUCCACGAUCCCGAUUUUCAAUCGCGACUAGACUGUCUGGUUGCGAAACUUACCACGCUGGUCGACGAACCAACGGAUAACGGUGGACUUAAGGUGGACAAGGUGGAACCAUGGAACAGCGUGCGUGUCACUUUGUCCAUUCCCAAAGAGGCGGCCGUGAAGCUACGGAAGCUUGCUGCAGAAGGAAACAGCGCAUUGCGAGCCCUCGGUAUACUGUCCGUUCAGUUAGAAGGAGACACCGUGUUAUCUCUCAGACUUGUGGGUCAAGAAAUCGUUUUGACAACGGAUAAUUCCACCACGGCGGGACCAAGUUCUGGUAGUAGUGCAUCAAGUGGCUUAGGAGAGUUAACCCGAAUACUCUCCCAACAACAGCAACAACAACACCAGCAUACUCAACUGCAACAGGGGAAUCAGCCACCAACGCUGACUCAGGAUGCCGUGGCCGGCCCUUCGAAAGCUACUCCUCCCAUUCAGCCAAAACCUAUCGCCUCGGUUGCCACUACAACGGCAACGAUGGUUAAUGGUCCUCUAGCAGCGGAAGGCACAGUCUUCAAGUCGCCCAAUACAAUUUGUCCAAUGGACGGCAAACUGCCUGCGCAUGUGCCAAAUGUGGUGGAGAGCAAUGAAUAUCCUUUCGAAAGUAUGACUCAAGCGAGGGUUAUCCAGCGACGAGAGAAUACACUCGGAAUGGGUCCCACGGCUGGUCCCAGUGGAGUAGCUAAAACAUCUUUGGUGUCCGGUAGUAGUCAUUUUGUUGCACCAACUCCACCACCACCACCGCCUCCUCCACCAUCGUAUCAAACGGCAAUGGCGACGGUGAAGAGUGGACCGUCAUCGACGACUGGAUCGGCCGGAACAAAUUCCACUGCAUCGGUCGGAAACGUAGCAAUGACUAGUCCCCUGUUGGUGAAUUUGCUCCAAAACGAAAGUGCUAUUACUCAAAUAGCAGCAGCCGGAUCGUCGAAAACAGUGCCACUCGUUAAACAAGAACUAUUAGCGGCCAGUGGGACGAGUGCAAGCGUUGUGAAAGUGUCUGGUGUAACAGGAAUUGUGUCGAAUUCGACUUUAGUGAAUGCUACUAACGAUAAUAUACUGAAUGUGAAUAAUACUGGUCAUCAGAAGACAUCGUGUAUUGUGACAAAUAGUAAUAAUCCAGUGAAUCCAGUGAAUGCAAAUAGUGGUAGCAUCUCAGUGGCAGUGACACAGACGAUAUCUGCUACUGUGGCCACAAAUAGUGUCGUGAAUACACAACAGACAAUAUUGGUGAACAACAGCAACGCUGGUGUUUUAGCGACGACGACCGGGACAGUUGUCACCGGAUCAACGAUAAGUGCUAGUGCUAACACUAAUCUUAGCAUAACAGCAAACAGUAGUAACAUAAACAAUACCGCUAGUAACAAUCAGAAUGUUUUAAAUGUGCCGCCUUCUCUAGUAACUCCACCAAUGUCAGUGCCUUCUUCACACAAAAAUGUUAGUGUACAACAACAACAACAACCAAGAUUUAAUCUCGGCCCCAGUGGGGCUACCGUAGUAAGGCCUUCCGCUCAGCAACCUCUAAGACCGCAGUUGGCCCGAGCUGGAAUGGUUCAACAGCAGCAUGAACUGCUUCGACCACCCCAUCCGUCGCAGCCACAACAAACGCAUUCCCAGUUAAGCUUAAGCCGGUUUCCAAUCCAACAACAACAGCAGCAAAAUGUUUCCUUCAGGCAGCCAUCUGCACCUCAGGCAUCUCAACAACAACCACAACAACAGCCAUUUAAUCCGCGAUGGACUGCACCUGUGCACUCCAUGGAUUCUGCGACUAAUUCCAGCUACCAGGAAUUCACCCGGUAUCAGAUGCAAUACAAUCUAAGUCAGCAACAAUUGGUUAAAAACCCCCAACAAGGUGCAACUGGCGGUGAUCUGCUGGGUAUAUCCGAUCUUCCCGAUUUGGGGAAAAACGAUUUGGAUUCACUUUUACCAACGUUAAACUCUGCCGAUCUGGAGGGAGCUUUUCUGGAUGGGCUGGACCUUGAUCUCGAGCAACCUCUCACAUCAGCGGGUGCGCUAGCAAAGACGGAACGAAGGUGGAAGCAACAGUUUCUUAUAAACCCACUCACCGGUGAGCUGGAGGAAACACAGGUGGAAGAAACAGAAGAAAAUGACGACGAUGCGAUGAAAAAUUUUCCGGAAUUAUUCAGUUCGGAAAUGUCGAAUUCGUUAUAUUCGGACGAUGACACGUCCUGUAGUACCGGCUUUUCGAAGUUCACAUCCGACGUCAGCGACACGGAACGGUCCAAUACGAUGGAUGGAGCUUCUUCGAGUGUGUUCACCAACACGUCAACUGGGGUAAUGAACACCACAUUGGGAAAGAUAGGGAAACCUGCUAAACUGAAGAAGGAGAAGCUAAAAGACGGAACGAAAAAUAAAGAAAAGAAACCCCGGGAGAAGAAAUCAUCCUCGUUGAAACAAGUUAAAACUAAAGCGAAAAUUGUAGCCUCGGAAAGUGGUGGUGAAUCUCCCGGCAGUCAAGAAAAAAUCAAACUAAGAUUGAAACUUGAAAAGCCCGAAGCCAUCAGUGUAAGUUUGGUGCAUUCCAAUCCGAUCAUCGGUGGCGUCGGAAGCAGCAGUGGUUUGACCAGUAGUAAAAAAGUGCAAUCAUCACAAGUGCUAGGAGGAAUACCCGGAACGCUUAGCGGGAUGGGAACUCUUUCUAAUCCGUCGGCUGUAAAUAUUGGUUCGACGUUAUUGCAGACUUCAUUGUCUUCGAGUUCGCUCUCUUCUUCCUCAUCGUCCGUACCUGUUGGCAGUGUAACGCCUCAUCAAUUGCACCAUUCACUGUCUCAGCCAGCUAUCGGGAGUAGUUUUGCCGGUACAAACAAUAGUGCCGGUAUCAGCAGCGCAAGUAGCUCUAGCCUACAAACGCACUCUCCCGCUGGCGAGGAGCUUCGAGUACCCCCUUUACACAUCAGCUUACGCGGUAAAAAUUCUGUGGUGAUAAAGAACUCGAGAAAGGAUCGGAAAAAGAGUCAAAGUGGGGGUGAGGAAGAUAGCGAUGGGAAUAAUUUCCAGCUGAGUAGAAAAAGUUCAAUAAAGCGGAGUAGCCAUUCCACGGACGGUCGUCUAACGGUAGUAAUGACGAGUGACGCCAGCAUUCGAUUGAAACUCGAUGAAUCGGCCUCGUCACUUGGUUCCGGACCCUCUUCAAUGCCAUCCUCACCGAAUCAUCACAACCACAAUAGUAUUGGAAACAGCGGCAGUAGUAGCUCAGUAUCUGCGCUAGUCGCUGUUACCGGUCUUAACACAAAAUCGAAUAAAACAGAAGAUCUGAAUCAAUCGUUGGCUCCAAAUGAGCUCUUGGGCUCCGAUCAACAACACAAGCGAUCGGCACAGGACCUGGUUUCGAGUCCCAAUGGAUUGAUGUGUCCUGAGAAGAAGCGCCGAUUGAGCGCCGGUUCGAAUGUAAAUCAACAGCUAAAUGAUGAACCGAGUAUAAGUGCAAAUAACAGUAGCAGCAGCAGUGCAGCCACUAGCAUAAACGAAAUUAAUGAAUUCUAUGAGACACUGAUCUCCUCCACAGCAAGUGGACCUAUAGGGUCGACCAAUGUAGGAACGUUACCUCAUUCGUCCCUAUUAGCAGCGGCAACAUCGUCAGCAAAAAACUUGAAGAGCUCCAGCACGAACAACAGUACCAACAACAGCGCGUUUGGCAAAUGCAUUAGCACCAGUAAAAACUCCAUAAAGCCAGCGCAGUCGAGCCCAACGACGUCGUCCGUGUCAUCGCCUGGAGCUCUGGCAGCUGCACCAAAUACUAAGAGCUCGACGCAGUCCUCAAAACAGCCGUCGUCAUCUCCUUCGCCAGAAACGUCGAAAAGUGGCAAAUUAUCGGGGAAAGGCGAUGCUGAUGUGGCCACCGGGGAUACAGAAGGGAAGGGCGAUGAAAGUAAUAAAUCAAAUAGCAAUACCACAAUCACUACCUCAGGUACAGAAGUGUCCGUCAAUCAGCGAAUAAACAACACCCAUCUGCAUCAUCACAAUCGUCCGCCGGAUAAAGCUGGCGAUUCACCUGCACCUACCUUAGAACAAUCUAUCAAUCAACAGCAACCUCCUACGAUAGCUGGAGCGAGUGGACAUCUCUUGACGCAAGGAGUUCGUGGAUCUCCGGGAUCUCAAGCACAAGGAGAAGACAGUGGGAUAGAAUCCAUGGAUGCCUUAUCGGAGAAAAGUCCUCAUCAGUUGUCGCAUAGCCCACAGGGGAACGAGCCGAACAAGUUGCUUCGCAUGGAUAGUCCUAAGGACAAAUCGCUACCUGCAGUAGAAUCGAAAGAUUCAUCCAAACUUGACUCUAGCGGCAUUAACAAUAACAACAGUCACACCAACUUGGACGAAUACAUCCAAAUUGAAGCCGAAUUAGCUAAGAUGGAAGGGAUGAACGAUAUCGCGCUUACCGAACGAACAGCUAAGUUGAAUGGAGAUCAUACAACGUUGAUGAAAACCAAACAGCAAGAGUUGGAUCUCCUAGAGCAUGCGACGCUGCUGAAGUAUGACGGAACGAGUCUUAGCAAAAUUUUGGACGACAUCGACGACGAUGAGCUUGUUAUGUCAGAUGACUUAACCGCGAAGGGGAAAAGUAUCGAAGUGUCUUCCAGUGAAAAUUCAUCCCCUAAGCAGCAGGAUUCUACGGCAAUCGUGGUCAAAGGAGAAGAGGCAGAAGACUGGCUUGCAAAUGCGGAAAAUAAGCAACAAACACAGCAGCAGCAACAGAAAGGGGAAGCAAAUGUUAUACUCACUAGUAAUAGUAACAAUAAUCUGACGGACAAGACCGAGAUCAAGCUGGAUACCACGCAACUCGUACUGGAGGAUUGUUGUAGCAAUAAGGAGGUGUUAAGUUUAAAAAGCGAAUGUGAUAGUAAAAUAGUUGAAUGUAAAGCUGUAAUUAAAAAUGAUCCCGAGGAGGCUAUCGUUAGUAGUGUAAAGGAGGAACAAAGCUGUAGUAACAGCACUAAUAAUAGCUGUAAUGAUAGCAGUAGUAGCAAUUCCAUGAAAGCAAAACCAGUGAUUACGCCGGAAGCGGAUGAAAAACCGACGCCACAGGAAGCGGCUGUAGCCAUUGUAAAAAAAGAUGUCAUCGUUGAUGGUACGGUUGCUGUAGUUGAGCCGAAGCCACGACAUGAGCAACCUCCUCUCUACAGCUAUUCUAGCGAAAAAGCUCGUGAGCGACGCACCGCUGCUAACUGCCCGACUUCCAAUUCGUCACCUAUGUCGGUGGUUGAGAUAAUAGAUCUGGAUGAUUCUGGAAAAUCGAACGAACUCGAAGUUCCACAUCAACCGGAUCAAACUCACAAACAGCAGAACCAAGAGAUUCAUUCACCGUUGUCAAUCGAUAUUCCCUUGCACCCCGAUUCGGCGGAGCAUCGAAUAAGAACACGAGCGUCCAGUAAGCUUGAGAGUCCCCUUGAACCACCAAGGCAAAGCCCAUCCAUCGAUUCACCUGCUGCUGAGAGACUUAAAAACACCUUGAAACAAACUGCAGUUGCAUUGAAUACACCGACGGCUGUUAGUGUCAGUGGAGAUCGGUUAAGUCCAAAAACUUUGCCGAAAACUAAUAAACGCAAACGUCAAGGGUCGGAAAGCUCGAACCAGUCUUGCGUCAGUGAUGACAUUCUUCCGAGUCGAACAAAGAAGCCUCGAAAAGCUGCAGUUGCAGCAGUUGCUGUAACUGAAAGGCAGAAGAAAAUUGUCGCAGUUCGUAGUGCUCAACAAAGAAGAAAUGCGUCAGAAACGCCUCCGUCAAAUACGCCAGUUACGCCAGCUGCUACUCAAACAAUUGUGGAUUCUUCGGACAGCGACGAGCCAUUGAUAGAGAUUGCGGGUGUCACUACUGGAGCUUCGUCUACGACUGUUUCUACAUCGCACGAAAAAGAAAAAAUACUUCGUAAUCAUAAGGCUUCGGCUGGAUUGAAAACAAGUGGCACUUCGCAAAAUGCAUCUUCAUCAGCGACAACCGCUAGUGCCGGUUCAAGUGGUUCAGCUAAUUCUACAUCCUCUCAUAAGUCCAAUGCCCACACUAGUAGAACGACUACCGCGCAUAAUGUACCUUCAGUAAACUCGGGUUCAAACGCUACGGCAGCGUCCGACGAAAAAAUCAGUACUCGAAGGAGCAAUCGUAUGACCACCUCGACACUAUCAACUGCCGCUAUGAAUAGUAAAGCGAAAGCGAACGCCCUGCAAAACACUUCGACCACGGCUAGUGGUGGAACGGCAGAUAAUCAUCGCGACUCACCGCAGAACCAUGGCCCGUUGAGUCACCAGAAAAGCAAUCAUGCGAACCAUCAGCAUUCGGGCACCAGCGCAACGAAAGGAACUGUGGCAGCAAAUGACGGCAAAGCUUCUGGUUCCGGUGUCAAUGCUAUUACGGCGACAGCAUCCGACGCUUCCCCUAGUCCCAUAUCGGAAAUAAGACGGAAAACGAGAAGUGCUGGCUUGGAAACUACCACUGAAGGUCGCCGAAGAAGGAUAUCCCGCGACAGUAAGUGACCAAUCGCUUGCGCCUCAGCCGAGAGUAACUGCAGCGACCUUCUCUCGGACGGUCGUCGUCGCAGCAUUCGUCAGCUGUACGAUUCGCACCAGCGACAAAAACGCCGUUUCCUCUAUUCGCACUUUUUCGAACAAUCUGACGACGAGUUUGACGAUAGCAGUGAUGAGCCCGAAGAGCACAACAACAACAACAACGAUAGCAACGUUGUCGUCGAUGUAAAUGCUGGUGAGAGCGGUGUUGUUGAGGACGAAAGCAGCAAAGAGUCAAGUGUCUGUGACGACCCGUUGUUCAGCGAAGAGGUAGAUCCUCUUUCGACCAGCGGUGCGGAACCGGCAUUGGUCGGUGCGACAGAGAACGUAUGCAGCAAUGGCAGAAGGGCGGUAGUUGAGGCGCAAUUCAACGGGAGGGCGACCCGUUCUAAGCACAAUGCAAACAACGGUAUCAGCACCAGUGGGGGUGCUGGCGAAGAUGAGGAUUCCUAUGCAAGCGAAAUCAUCCUCACGACCAACAGCGAUUGCAGCUUGGAUGAGUUUGUAUCGUCGGAUGACGACAGUAAUCUGGAGAUAUCUGUGGUAACUAUUUCUCUCUACUGAUGAUAACGGGAACAGUUUAAUAGUUUUAUUUACAUACAAAGCGACUACUGAAUGGUUGCUGAAAUGGGUUACCAUUCAGUUUCUAUUUUUUCGUUUCUUUUUUUAUUAUUACAGGACGAAAAUGAUUAAACUAAGUUGUCUAAAGUAUGUGAAACAAUUUUUGAUGCAAUCAUGAAAUUAAGUUUCAUCAAUGAUGCCGUAUUGUGAGGUACUAUUAUACAAGUAGAAAGAUUUGUUUUGCAAUAUAUUUAUUUUCAGUAUUUUCUAUUCGUUUAAAUUGUAAACUAUCACACAUUUUUUCAUAUUUUGAUCUUGUUUUGUAUUAUUUACAAAAUAGAAAACAUGAAUUCGGGUUUAAACUGUUCUACAUUAUCAACUGCUGAAGAAAUAGUUUCACGACGCAAAAAGAUUUUUCGUCGUAUCCUGUAAAUAACUUGUAUAAAAUAGAUGAGUUUGGAAGCAAUUAUUUCGUGAAGCGGGCCGUUUCGGAACAAAUGUGUGUAAAAUGAAGCGUUGCGUUGCGUUUGACUAUUGAGUAAUUAUCAUAAGCUGGACGAUUGAAAAUACUUGAUCGACUAUGGUUUGCUACUGAUUUUGAUGCUUACGUUUUUUUAUUAUACGUAUUUUUAUUAUAAAAUUCUCGUGAAAUUGAAUUCAGCGCAGAUCGUCCAAAGGUUUUCAUAGCAUAUAUGGAAGAUUCGAACCGGUGACGACAGAGUUCGCCAAUUCAAUAAUAUCAUUCAUCCCUGUUCUUCAGCGUGAAAAAAAAAAUUCUCACAAUGCUCGCUACAUGAUGGACAACUUUUUUUUACAUAUUUUAUCUAAUAACUACAGAGUUGAUGCGUGUUUCAGCAUUAUGCGGAUGAUCCAUAAUAUCAUUAUAAGAUCAUAAUCAUUUCGUCCGAUCGACACGUCGAUUCGCACGAAUUAAGAUUAACAAAUGUCAAGCAAAUAACAUUACUGUACGAAAAGUAUUUUGUUCGAUUUUGAAGUAGGGUUUCCCUAUUCCCGACUCUGUGUGUCGAUGAAUUUAAAAUUCAUCACUGGAUAUACCAAAGGUAUUCAUAUUCAAUUUACCUUACCACAGAAUAUUCCUAUCUUACAGUUUAUAUGGGUUAUACAUGAGACUGCACUCAGUGACAAGAAAAUAUUGUUCUAGCAUUUGCAUUCUGAGUACUUCGUUGAGUAGUUUCACAAAAAAACUAUUGAAAGAAAAAAAUCUGUAAAGUGAGAACAAAUAUUAAUUCUUCUUCUAAAACUGUACAUUCCAACUGAAACUUGGCAUGCUUUUCAACUUGUGUUGAACUAGCAUUUAUUCAGUUAUACAUUGAAAGCUUUUCUAUGCCCUUCAUUGCAUGAAGACACGCUCCCUGUUGCCGAAUGCAUUGUUUUGCGAGCAAAUCGGUUGAGAAUUACUACACUUAAAAAAGUUGGUCAAUGUUUUUCUUAGUUUUUGUGUACACACCUACAUAGGGACCGACAGAUAUUUUCUCAGUUUGUCAAUGUUGAAUCAACACUAUGGAUCUCCGAGCCAUCUAAACAAUCUUUUCGAAGUCAAUUAUAGCCUUUUUGGGGCCUUCCUUAGCCGUGUGGUAAGAUGCGCGGCUACAAAGCAGGACCAUGCUGAAGGUGGCUGGCUUCGAUUCUCUGUCCGGUCCAGGAAAUUUCGAAUUGGAUUUUUUUUCGACUUCUUUGGGCAUAAAAGUAUCGUGUUAGCCUCAUGAUAUACGAAUGCAGAAAUGGUAACUUAACUUGGCUUAGAAACCUUGCUGUUAAUAACUGUGGAAGUGCCUGAUGAACACUAAGCAGCAAGGCGGUAAUGUCCCAGUGGGGGAUGUAAUGCCAGUAAGAAGAAGAAUAGCCUUUCCGUACAACUUUUUUGUACGAGAAAGGCAAACAAAUUUUUCUUACAUUCAGUAAGGUGUUUGCUAAUUUCCCCAGAAACUAGAAAUAAUUUACCAACCAUUGCCGGCGGCAGAUCAAGAAUGCAUCAGGAAUUCGCAAGGAUAUCGGCAUUUCGGUCAAAACUGUCCGGGAUUUGGCAAUAUAUCCUGAAAUAAUGUUAUAUUCGCAGAACACUUGGAACCUGUUACAAAUUGGCCAGUGAGUCUUAUAGUCAUCAAAAUGUAUUUUUUUAUAUAGAUUCUUUAUUCAUUGUCUUGGAAAAACAUGAAAUUUGACAUCCAUAUUUGCAUGGUUCCAUGAUUUCAAAACCAAUUCCUUCCGCGGCUCCUGCAACCUACUAUAAGGAAGGCAGUUGACACUUUAUGGAUGAAUUUUCUACAUACCCAGUGCCCGUGAUCCAAUUUUUUAUUUAUGAUAAGGGAUGUACGAGUCCGUAAGACUUUUGUAACAUUUUCUAGUACGACGAAAAAACUAACGCUUUUUGUUGGCGUUUUUCUUUUCAAUUUCUGACAUUUGUAUAAUGUAUCUGCUCGUGUACAUACAAUUCAAAAUAUCGAUGCUUUGUAACACAUCAGUACUUACUUUAGCUAAAUUAACUUUGACUUGCACCAAUCUAAUAAAUUUAUAUUCGUCUAAUAUUAAACUAUACGGAUGAAACAAUAGCAAAAAUAUGUGCCUUGUUAUUAUUGAUGUAUUGGAUGGAUAUUAAUCGCAAAAUUUUCAAUUCGUUUUCCAAUGAAAAUACUUUUUUGGAAUAUCUUUUCUCAUUACUGUCUUGUUGUGUUCAAUCGGACAUGUUUACCCAAGUCGAACACAAAAUCUUGCAGUGUAUAAUCGUUCUUAUUCACGCCGCUCGCCGUAGCAUAGCGGCAAGACGCGUGGCUACAAGCAAAAGCAUGGUGAAGGUGGGUUUGAAUACCGGCGAUGUUUUAAAUUUCUGAGUGGGAUUUUUUUUUGGUGUGGUACACUUUAUGAUUAGUACCCUUAUAGGCGGAAAUGCUUCGACGUGGAAUGCGAUGCCGGUAAAAGAAAAACAGUUUGCAAUAAUAGAUUUAAAUGUUUUGAUAUACAUUUGAGCUAUCGCAACAGCUGUUAUUUGUUAAUUUUAUAUGUAUAUAAAUCUUUGAAACAUUUUGACAUCAAAAUCUAAUGGCAGACCAGAUCUGUAUAUAAAAAAAUGAAGAUGUAAAGUUCAAGCUGGACCGAAGCACAGAAGCGACAUUACAAGGUUUGUUUCGUUAAAGGAUUCAGGGAUUUGUCUCAGUAGCGUUACGUGUUUAUCUCCAUCUAAUUUAGAUUCCCACCAAGUCCACGACAAAACUUACUCAACAUACAGGCACAUCAUCAUCAGUUAAGCAUCUCAUCCCAGUUUAUAGAAAUUAUGUGCGAUGCAAAGCAACUAAAUGCGUACAUCUUCUGACAUGUUACACAUGUCUCGAAGAAGUAAGAUACUUGUAGAUGCACGUCUUACUACUACUAUACACACCUCAUACAUUCAUGUUCACUUAAAAUACGCAUGGGAAGGAUGAUAGGACAUCCUGAAGCGUAACCUGACACUUACACAAAUGCGUGGUGACAUAAAAGUUUAGUUUAGUAUGCAGUAAUUGAACGACUCACUGAAAGAUUAAUUCAACAACGCUCUGUAUUUACUGAUCGUGUAUCUAUUUCUUAUAAUUAUAGAAUACAAAGCAAAUGCUGCGAAUCAGAAAUAAAUUAUUGAAUAAAUUAAUACUACAAAUUAAAUUUAUUGAGAUCGAAAUAUCAUUAAAUGCGUUAAAAACACUAUUGCAUCCAUUACGAGACCGGAGAUGGGUGUUGACAAAAAGAAAAAAAUAAAUAAAAAUCUAUUUUUAAGAUCAACACAACACGAAAAACAACAAAAAAAAGUUUCAACGCAACUGAAAUGAAAAUAUUUAUAAAUAUUCUAUUUAAUUUAAUGGCUUACACACACAAACAUACAUUUGUGAAAUGACGAGAGGUAUAUUUGCUUCCCAAACGCUGCUGCUGAAGUGUUAUAGCAAAACAUAAUUUGUACAUUAUACACAUGUAAACCUAAUAUUCUAGCGUAAUCCUCAUCUCUUAAUCACGAGCAUUAACACACCAACACACACACACAUGAGUCGUUUCAAAACCCACGCACCUACACCAAUUCACCACUCACAUACACACGAAACAUGAUCAACCAUUCAACAUACGUUCACUUUCUUCGUAGGGUCACGAGUAUGAGCAUUCAUUCCUUCUUUUCUUAUACAUGAACAUAGAUAAACAGAAAAAGAGCGAAAUACUUUUCCAUCCGUUCUGUUCGUUGCUUUCUGUCUUUGAGCUUUCUAAAAGAGAGUCCAAUAUUGUAAAGUUUUCCUCUUAUAAAUAAACAAAAUUCGCCACGAAGUAAAAUAACAUUAGACUCACGAGGCGAAAAAAAUACAUUUAAAAAUACACGCAGAAGUGAGAACGGAAUGAUGAUGAAAAUACACGGUAAAAUAGCGUAAAUUUAUCGGGUAAGUGUAUGACGUAGCGGAAAAGUAAAAGGAAAAUGCAAAAUGAUAUACAUUUACGACACAAACAAAAAAUACAGAAUAUAAAAUAUAUAUAAAAAAGUAAAAAGUAGAAGCAAACUAUAUAUAUAGUAAUAUUGAAUAAAAACAUAAAGAAAAAUGAGGAAAAAAAACAAUGAGCAAAAAGUAAACAUUAAGUAAAAAAUUUGUAAUAUUUGUAGAUUUGUUUGUGGACAGGUUAAUAAUCUAAGCUCUAUAUAAAUAUUGUUGAAUAGAUAUAUCGUAAAAUUGUGUUAAAAGAAAAUGAAAAGUUGUUUUAUUUUAAAAAUACACAAAAUCUGGAUAAUAAUUAAAUGCAUAUAAAUAAUAAAUAACAAUGAUAAAAUUAUGAA